AUGUCAUGGUUAAAGAAACACAAUCCCCAAAUUUCAUGGGAAAAACAUACACUUGUUUUUAAUUCCUUGUAUUGUUCCAACAACUGUUUAUCUAUACCUACUGUCUUAGAACUCAAAGCAGUAGAAGAAAUCCCCACUCCUUAUCAAGAAUUCUCUAAGGUAUUUUCAGAGGAAGAAUCAUCAAAAUUACCUCCCCAUUGUCCUUAUGACAUUGCCAUUGAGUUACUCCCGGAUGCACAACCACGACAUGGUCCCAUAUACAGUUUAGGUCCAAGGGAGGAUGCGGAACUUAAAGAAACUAUUGAGAAACAACUCAAAGCAGGUUUAAUCCGCCCGUCUAAAUCCCCUAUGGCCUCUCCCAUAUUAUUUGUCAAAAAGAAAAAUGGGAAGUUACGCAUGUGUGUGGACUAUCGGCGUUUGAACAGUAUGACCAAGAAAAACGUUUAUCCCCUGCCCUUGCCACAGAAUCUCAUUGAGAAAUUACAAGGUGCUAAGAUCUUCAGCAAGUUUGAUCUCAAGGCAGGAUAUAACCUAGUUCGAAUCAAAGAAGGCAAUGAAUGGAAAACCGCUUUCAAAACAAAAUACGGACUAUUUGAAUAUUUGGUCAUGCCUUUUGGAUUAACAAAUGCACCGGCGGCUUUUCAAGACAUGAUGAAUGAGAUAUUCAGGGAUCUUCUGGAUGUCUACGUCAUCAUUUAUUUGGACGAUAUUCUGGUAUUCUCUUUGAACAAAAAGGAUCACAAAGCUCAUGUACGAGAAGUACUUAAAAGGUUACAAGACAAUGAUCUCUUCUGCAACAUUGAAAAAUGUCAUUUCCACGUCAAGAAAAUCGAUUACUUAGGGUUUAUUAUAUCUGAAUUCGGCGUAGAAGUGGAUCAGUCUAAAGUUACAGAUGCUAUGAACUGGUCAACACCUAAGAAUGUCAAGAACAUCCAAGAAUUCUUAGGAUUUGUAAACUUUUAUAGACGAUUUAUCCCUAAUUUUGGCAACAUGGCACGACCUCUGUACAACCUGCUCAAAAAAGAUAGUACCUGGAAAUGGGAACAGGCGGAACAACAAUCCUUCGAUGGUCUGAAGAAAUGUCUUACAUCAGCACCUCUGCUUUUACAACCAGACACCACAAAGCAAUUUUAUGUGGAAUGUGACGCCUUGGAUUAUGCCACUGGAGCAAUACUAUCUCAACGUAAUCUAGAAGGGAAAUUAGCCCCUGUAGCCUAUUUAUCUAAAUCCCUAUCCCCAGCUGAAAAAAACUACGAUAUCUUUGACAAGGAAUUACUGGCAGUUAUCAGGGCAUUUAAAGAAUGGCGCCACCUACUGGAAGGAUCAGAAUUACCAGUCCAAGUUCUGACGGAUCAUAAGAACCUGGAAUACUUCUCUACAUCACAAUCCUUGAAUAAACGACAGAUUCGAUGGGCAAAUUUCCUAGUGGACUAUAAUUUCCAGAUCAAUUACAGGCCUGGGGCACAGAAUAAGAAGGCCAAUAUCCUUUUGCGGCGCUACGAUUUGGUACCCCUUGAAGGGGGGGUAGAGAACCAAGUUCUCCUGAAACCGGAACUUUUCAUUGCAUCAAUCACCCUGGAUCAGGAAAUCAAUGAUUUAAUUGGCAAAGCUAUUUACGAGGAUGACCGUCUAAAAGAGAUUCUGCUCAAACUCCAGAACAAGGAAAAGGUUUUGGAUUGGGAAUUAAGAGAAGGACUACUAUGGUAUCAAGGAAAAAUCUUUGUACCGAAAGAUAAUACCAUUAGGAACCUUAUCCUAGAAUCUAGGCAUGACGCCUUGGCGGCAGGACACCCAGGACAAGCCAGGACAUUAGAACUUAUUUCCAGAAGUUAUUACUGGCCAUCGCUGAAAAAGUUUGUCAACUCUUAUGUCAACCACUGCGAAACCUGUAUCAGGUCCAAACCAACAAAUCAAGUACCUGUGGGACUGCUAAAGCCAUUACAAAUUCCUGAACGCCCAUGGGAAGAUAUAGCUUAUGACAUGAUUGUGGGAUUACCGGUUUCAGAAGGCUUUGAUGCUAUCCUAACCGUGAUUGAUCGAUUUUCAAAAAUGGUCCAUUUUAUUCCUACCCAAUCCACAGCGUCGGCUAUUGACAUUGCCAACUUAUUCAUCACAUACAUCUGGAAGUUACAUGGCCUCCCCAGGAGUACUGUUUCAGAUAGAGGUCCUACAUUUAAUGCCAAGUUUAUUUGUCAUCUAUAUAAAAGGCUAGACAUCAAGCCUACCUAUUCUACAGCCUACCAUCCUCAAACAGAUGGUCAAACAGAACAAAUACAACGAGAGGCCGAGAUCUUUAUACGCAUGUUUGGGAAUCAUUGUCAAUCAGACUGGGUAUCACUAUUGCCAUUGGCCGAAUUUGCCUUGAACAAUUUGAAACAGACUUCCACAGGCAAAUCCCCUUUCCAAAUAUGUUAUGGCUAUAAUCCAAGAUUUACAGUUGGUCAAAAGUCAGAUGAGUCAGUCCCUAACGCAGACGAACAUGCAGGAUUCUUAGAAAAGGGCUAUGAUGAAGUCAAGGCAACGUUAUCAAUAUCCCAAGAAAGGAUGAAACACUUCUAUGAUCAACGUCACAGAGAAGAAGAAGAAAUUCAAGUAGGGAACAAAGUUUGGCUAAGUCAUCAGAAUAUAUCCACCGAUAGACCAUCCAUCAAGCUUAGCCACAAAAAGCUAGGUCCCUACUUGGUAACUGAAAAAAUUGGAUUGCAUGCGUAUAAAUUACAACUACCUCAUACCAUGCGCAUACAUCCAGUCUUUCACAUUAAUCUUCUGACAAAAUUCCAUCCUGACCCUCACGGACGCGACCCUCCUCAACCUGCACCUAUUAUUACAGAAGAAGGUGAGGAAGAAUAUGAAGUUGAAAGAAUCUUGGACAGCAAAUGGAAAGGGCGUGGCAAAUCAAAGAAACUCUGGUAUUUAGUCAAGUGGAAGGGAUACGACGAAGGAAGCAACUCGUGGGAACCAGUGGAUAAUGUGGGUAACGCUCAAGAAGCCAUAAAAGAAUUCCACAUGGAACACCCUGAUGCAGUUGGAGCUUGA